AUGCAACCACACCUAGAUUCGCACGUUCCCGCUGCUGAUGGUCAACAACACGAGGAUAAACAGCUCCCCGGAUUCGCCAACGGGCAUGUCUACUCCAGAGCAGGUCUGUGGAGGACCUCUGAUGUCAAAUCUCAAAUCGAUACGGAUAUGGACCUUGUUGAUUUGCCGGAGCAACAAUCUGUGGAAGUUGAGAAGAGACAAGCAUUGUACCUGGAGUGUAUCUUAGGUAGAAAUCAAUAUGCAAAAUCCCAAAUCCAGAAGGAUUUAGUAGAUGUCGAAGACUUCGAUGAAGAUCAUUUCGACCCAAAGCUUCUCUCCUCACCUGAAGAACUAGAAAACCCCCUUAACGAAGCAGAGGUAGAAGAGACCCGUGUUUUCUUGGAGGAGCGAUCGAGUUUUUUGGAACAAGGUCUUCGAAAGGUUGAGGACGAGUAUUUCAGCGAAAUUACGAAGGCAGACCACACCUAUGAUGAAACUACUUGGUCGUCGCCUGGGAAAUAUGUUUCUCCCGUGUACUCCCUGGAACGCUUCACAUAUUCGCGGAAAUAUCGUGUGGUUAUGCGGAAACAUUCCAUGCAGAUAUACAAGCCCAUAUUUCUAGUGGACCCGGAGCUGCAGACAGGCCUUGACAGCUGA